UUCGUGGUAGUGAACAGAUUCCUCCGCGGCCCCGCCCCGCUCUCGUCGAGCUUCACCCACAGGAAAUUCCUUCCUACGCGACUUGCGUGCUAGGCCGAUGCAGUAGGGGUCUGUUAGCAGGAAGUCGGCUUCGAGUGCCACCUGCGCUGAGUCCUCCGAGCCUGUGGGGUCGCUGUGCCAUGGUCCGAGGCGGGGAGCCCUGGGCGGAUUGAUUGGCGGGCGUAGAGGUUGGGGUGGAGGGGGCGGUGCCACCGGUGCCGGAGCCGGAGCCGAAGCCGAAGCCCGAGCUUGAGCUUGAACCUGAGCCUGCGCUUGCAUCGCCUCGGCCCCGACCCCCAACAGAGGCGGCCUCGGCGCGAUGGCGGCCUCUGUCUUUUGUUGUCUUCGCUGCUGCGGCGACUCCGGGUCCGGCCACAUCCAACUGAAGGAGAUGCCGGCCGUGCAACUAGACACGCAGCACAUGGGAACAGAUGUUGUCAUUGUCAAAAAUGGAAGAAGAAUAUGUGGGACAGGAGGUUGUUUAGCUAAUGCACCUUUGCAUCAGAACAAAAGCUACUUCGAAUUCAAAAUCCAAUCCACAGGGAUUUGGGGCAUUGGAGUGGCAACACAGAAAGUUAAUUUGAAUCAGAUUCCUCUUGGCCGAGAUGUUCAUAGCCUUGUGAUGAGGAAUGAUGGAGCUCUCUACCACAACAAUGAGGAAAAGAAUAGGCUGCCAGCAAAUAAUCUUCCACAGGAAGGAGAUGUAGUAGGUAUUACGUAUGACCAUGUAGAAUUAAAUGUGUAUUUGAAUGGAAAGAAUAUGCACUGUCCAGCAUCAGGUAUACGAGGGACAGUGUAUCCUGUUGUAUAUGCCCUGAUACAAGGCUUCAUAUUGGAAUGGAGAUGGCCCCAGAUCAUUGACAGUUGUAUGAGAAGAACAUAAUCCCUAUAGAGUUUUACCAAGGUGAAAAAGCUUUAAGUAUAAGGGUCAGACCAGAUUGGGUAAGACUGCUGUUUCAAGAGGCUCAUCACCAGAUGGCUAGCAGGUGAUGGUUUUUUUUGUUGUUUUUUUGACCACAGAAACCAAUUAAGGCAUUUAAAUUUACAAAAAAGCAAAGGAAUUGUGAUCUACUUGUAUAGAAGUAAUGAUGCCAAUGAUAUCAUGAACUUUUGAAGUAGAAUUUUGAGGCAUCCUUUUUUUUGAAUGGAAGAGAAGGGUCUGUAAUUGAUUCAGGAAGAACCUAAUGGGAAAAUUCCUACUAGUAAACAUCGCUAACUUACCGUCUUAGAGAAUUGUCCAAAGCCCUAAUCCCAUAUCACCAACUGCCUUUGACACAUUUUAAACUGGAUGGAUUGGAGACAUUUCAAAUUCAAUAUACCCCACAGCUGAUUUUCUUUUAGACUCAGCUGAACCUUCUUCAGGAGACUUUUCCUAGUCCCCCCAAGUACCUUCCCUCUAGACUCCCUUCCAUCUGCUCUAUAUAUAACUUAAAUUGAUCUAGUUAUGUACGUUUUGACUUUUCACUAAAAUAUAAAUCCCCUGAAGGCAGGAACACAUUUUUGUUGUCCCUUUUUUGCGUCCAUGGUACUUAUGGUAUCUGGUAUGGUUUUUUUUUUUUCAGUUGUUAAGUCAUGUCCAAUUCUUUAUGACCCUUUGGACUCUGUCCAUAGAGUUUUCUUGGCAAAGAUACUAAAGUGGUUUUCUGUUUCCUUCUCUAGUGAAUUAAGGCAGAAGAGGUUAAGUGACUUGCCCAGGGCCACACAUCAUGUCUGGGGCUAGAUUUGAAUUCAGUCUUCUUGACCCCAGAUCCAGCUCUCUAUCCUUUGGCCCACCUAACUGCCUCCUAUCUAGUACAUAGUAAACCCCAAUAAAUGCUGGUUAAUUGAUUCAUUGCCUAAGAAGCUCAAUUGACUUGCUUACAGCCACAUAUUAUAUGGCAGAAUCAGUAUUCGAACUCAGGUCUUCCUGACUUGAAGGUUGCUAACUCUUUACUACUUCUCUUUAUGUGGCAUUCAUGUAAACUGAGAUGUGUAUUUCUGUCCAAUUGAAAAAUAGUUUAAUAAUUUCAUCCUAAUUAUUCUUCAUAAGCAAAACUCAGAAUUUUACCUUUUGAAAGUAAGUUUUUUCAGUCUUUCCAGCUAGCCUUGAAUAUGUGGCAAAGACAAGUAGACAGUACAUACUGAUUUAUUGAAGUCCUUUUUAUGUUCUAAGACCAUUCCAACUGAAUGGAGGUGCUAUAGCUUUGACUUGUGACAGUAAAUUACAUGAUGGUAGAAAUUUUAAAAAUAUAUAAAUUAUGUCCAUUUUUAAAAGGAGAGGACAUCCUCUAAAUGAUAUAAAUCUUUGUGGCUUACAAGUGAAAGCUACGAAGUAUUUUUGAACAUAUUAAUGUAUGAUUUAACUCCACUAUUACCACUAAUAUCUCAUUCUGAGUCAUAGCUGUGGGAUAAGCCAUGACAGUCUCAGAAUUGUGCAUUUCCUUCACUUGCAUGUGGAAGGGUCAGAAGUAUGGGAAGAUAUGGGACCAUGUAGAAAAACCUAAUCUUGGGUCUUUGAGCUCUACCACUGUGCACAUUCCUUGCAGUUUAUCAGUUCUAAUUUACGUAGAAAGCAAGUUUCCCUUUUUUGAAAAUCACAUAUCUUUUAAUGUGGUUGAAAAUGAUGCCAACCCUUCCUUUGUGCCGUUUUACCUGUUUCACCUUUAGCCAUGUCUUAAAUACUAGAACAUUAGACUCACCCAGUUACAAGUCACAGAAUAGGGCCCUUUUGUUUUUUAGCCAUUAUUAAAUUUAUGGUUGGAUCAAAUAUUCAAUUGGUGGUCAUCAGGGAUUUAAUUUCUAAAGUACCAAAAUGAAUUACUUAAGUAAAAUGGAAUUUAUGGUAGUUUAUUUUUACAGUAGAGGAAAUAUAUUAAGGAAGAGAUAAAAGGAGAAAUCCCAAGUCACUAUAUAUAUAAAAAGCCCAAGUUGCUGAAUCUUCACUCCAAGUCUGAGUGUCUGAUCUCUUCCAGUCCAACUCUGAGUGAAUCAUUCUUGAUUAAUCUUUGUGUCUCUGUCUCCUCUAUUUAAAGACCUUUUUCUCUUGUGUCACCUCCCCUAAAUUUUAUGUCUACCAGUCAUAGCAGAUGCUCCUCUUUAGGACUGCCCACUCAAUGUAUGAAAUGGUGUCACACCUUUUGUAGUUAGUUAACACCUUUUUGUGGUUAAUUACCACCUUUUUGGUUAGUAAACACCUUUUUGUAGUUAAAAUGGAUAGAUCUACUUUAAAUAACGAGUUAUCACUUUGGGGAUUAAGAUCUAAAAAUAGACCAGGGAUUAUAGUUUUAUCUUCACUGUCAAGGGAGAACUUACGUACCUUCAUUGUUACAAUCAGGGGAGAGCUAAAUCCAAUCUUCACACCAUCAUUGGCUACAACCAUAAGCCAGUUUAAAUGUGCCUUUUGAAAGUAAUUUUGCAUUUUGGAAAAUGAUUAUAUAUAAAAAUAAAAGAUAGCAAUAAAAAGAUUUAAACAGUUUUAAGAAAACUAAGAUUCAGGGGGAGCUGGGGCUCAGUGGAUAGAGUGAGGGCUAUUGGAGGUCUUGGGUUCAAAUCUGGCCCUCACUAUGUGGCCCUGGGCAAGUCACUUAACACCCAUUGCCUCGUCCUCACCACUCCUCUACCUUAGAACUAAGGCAGAUAGUCAGGGUUUAGAUAAAAUAAGUUUAUGUGAUUUUACAGAUUGGAAUAUUAAUAUGUACAAUGGCUUUGUGGUUUGUAUUUAGUCUACAAAUCAAAACCUUCUAUACCUUUUGUUUUCUAUUAAUGUUAUUCAUCAUAAGAAAUCAUACAUUAUUUCAAAAUCAUUUCUAUUAUGCUUAAACUGUAUGAAGAUAAUAAGUUCUGA